UUUGAUUGACGUUUCUGACGUAUACGUUCGCGUUUACAUUGUCGUCGACCGCUACCGCUAGCCAUAGCAAAUACCUAAUUACAAUCUAAUUAGUCAUUAGAAUUUAGCAUUUUAAUUAGUGAUCAUAAGAAACAAGUAAAUUUAGUAGGUAUUUUAAGAACAGGUCAGUUCCGAUUAAUUGACAUGUGGCAGUGAAAAGAAGUUUGUGAAGCAGUGUAUUGUUUAACGAAAAUGUUUAGAAGCAAAAUAAGGAUCCACACCUGCCGUAUUAUACUCCUUACAUCUUUAGUGUGGUUAUUGGUAGAUGUUGCACUCUUGACCUUUUAUUCAGAUUGUUUUGGCGAAGGAUGGGACUGCAGUAAAAGUAAAAACGUUAAUAAUGACUACUCUCCAGUAAAGAAUAUUGAAGAAUUAGGUGGUAAGAAAGCAGCAAUCGCUGCAGCAUUAAAGAGAGAUGUAGAUGAUGAGGACACAAAUAUAGAGGAGAAUGAAGUGGAACAUGAUGUUGGAGAGGAGGGUGUGAUCCUGCCUCCGUAUCCAAGGUCACGGUUGAAGAGGUGGUCACCGGCCCCACAUGUGAGGCCUCAGGAUGAUUUACCCGGAGAGAUGGGCAAGGCUGUAAACAUUCCAAUAGAACAAGAGAAGCUGAUGUUGGAUAAGUUUCAAGAGAAUCAGUUCAAUUUAUUGGCUAGUGAUAUGAUUUCAUUCAACAGAUCUCUCACGGAUGUCAGAUUUGAGAAAUGCAAAGACAAGCCAUACCCGCAACUCUUGCCAACGACGAGCGUGGUCAUAGUGUUCCACAACGAGGCGUGGACCACCCUCAUCCGCACCAUAUGGAGCACAAUCAACAGGUCGCCGCGACCUCUGCUCAAGGAGAUCAUACUUGUAGACGACGCUAGUGAAAAAGAGCACUUAGGAAAGAAGUUAGAAGAAUACAUCAAGACGUUGCCGGUCCCCACUCACCUGUUCCGGACGGAGAACCGCUCCGGGUUGAUCAGAGCGAGGCUGUUGGGCGCUAAGCACGUCAAAGGAGACGUCAUCACGUUUUUGGACGCACAUUGUGAAUGUACUGAGGGCUGGCUCGAACCGCUCCUGGCAAGAAUAGUGGAAGACAGGAGCACCGUGGUAUGCCCGAUCAUCGACGUCAUCUCUGACACCACGUUCGAGUACAUCCAAGCCUCGGACAUGACAUGGGGUGGAUUCAACUGGAAGUUGAACUUUAGAUGGUACCGGGUCCCAGAACGCGAAAUGUCUCGACGGGGCGGCGAUCGCACUGCCCCGCUGCGUACUCCCACCAUGGCCGGCGGACUGUUCGCCAUAGACAAGGAUUACUUCUACAAGAUCGGCUCGUACGACGAGGGCAUGGACAUAUGGGGCGGAGAGAACCUCGAGAUGAGCUUCCGGGUGUGGAUGUGCGGGGGCACGCUGGAGAUCGCGCCGUGCUCGCACGUGGGGCACGUAUUCCGCAAGACGACCCCGUACUCGUUUCCUGGGGGCACGGGCCGCGUCGUCAACCACAACAACGCGCGCCUCGCCGAAGUCUGGCUUGACGACUGGAAGCAUUUCUACUACAAUAUUAACCCAGGCGCGUUGAACGUGCCCGUGGGUGACGUCACAGAGCGAAAAGCGUUGCGAGACAAACUCAAGUGCAAGAGCUUCAGAUGGUACCUGGAGAACAUUUAUCCUGAAAGUCAAAUGCCAUUGGAGUACUAUUAUCUUGGAGAGAUACGCAAUGCGGAAACGUCCAACUGUCUGGACACGCUCGGCGGCAAGGCGGGCCAGCCGCUCGGCAUGGGCUACUGCCACGGCAUGGGCGGCAACCAGGUGUUCGCCUACACCAAGCGCAAGCAGAUCAUGUCUGAUGACAACUGCCUGGAUGCGGCGCAUCCGCGAGGGCCCAUCAAGCUCAUCCGCUGCCACGGCAUGCGCGGCAACCAGGAGUGGACCUAUGAUUCUAAGACGCGGACAAUAAAGCACACGAACACGGGCAUGUGUCUCGACAAGCCCGAAUCUUCGGACGUGUGGAAGCCGGUGCUGCGGCCGUGCACGCGCGCGCGCGGCCAGCAGUGGCUCAUGCAGCUCGACUUCAAGUGGCAGGCGCGCCGCCAGCAGCCGCGCCCCAGCUAGUGCGCGCUCGCCCUCUGAGGUUCGACAACGAUAGACCAUUACAGUCUUCCCCCUGUUGUUAGAUAAACGAAAAAGAUUUACUUCCCUAUUCCUAUAUCUGAAAUUUAAUAUUCUAUUAGAUUGUAUUGACACAAAAGGUCCUGUGAACUGUUGACAAUACAUGCGCUGUAUGUAAUAACCUCAGACUAAUAUAGACAUAAGGACCUGCAUCGUUAGAAGUUACUUUUCUGUCAAAGUGUAUGAUCAAUGAUCUAAUGCGAUUACAAAAGCUGUCUCUAUAAAAUCGAUGUUUCAUAGUUGUAAUCGUGUUCGGUUAAAGAGCUCCGUAGAAAUACUUUUUUUGUAAAGUUGAAUGGUGUAUAAAGAGUCAACAAUUUCUAGUGUAUACCUAAUCUAUGCUCGUUUUUCUCAAACAGGCAAUUUUGUUCGUGAAUAUAGGUGCGAUACUGGUCCUAGUAUAAUUGGUCUGAGGUAAUAAAUGAUAAGUUUACAUUAAACGUUGCUCAAACUUAGACUUUGUGUACGACGAAAGUGUUGUUUAGUGGGAUUUGUUUUUGCUAAACGAAGUUUAAUUAGGGCGUAAGUUGACGACCAUUUUAUUGAAAUUGUAUGUGUGAUAAGUUGAAACCAUAAUGUUCGGAUAACUGAUUGUUCCAUGUCCUGAAAUCUUUGAUCAAUAAUUUAAUAAUAGAUUAUACAACAGUAACAAAAUACAUCACUGUCUAGAUGUUAUUAAGAAUGGAGACACGACCAGUCAAUCAUAAAGAACAUUCACUUAAAAACUGUCUAAAUUCGUGUUUUGAACACUUGAGUUUACAGUGAAUUAAAGCGGUUUCCAAUAAAACCCUAAAUUUAGAGCAAAAUCACUCAAUAAAUUUUAGGGAAUAAUGCCAAUCUUAGACGGUUCAAAAUGUUUCGUUUUACUUUGAAUUUUCAAUGGGUAUACUUAAAAAUUCCACCCAAUUUUGGCACUCAUUCAGUGAGGACGUUUUCGCUGGUCGCUGAUUAUGAGCCUAUUUUUUUUUAUAAGACGUCAAUACACGUCCAAAAUUCCAGAUUAAUAUUUAUAAACGACUUUUAAAUUGUUGUUUUAAAAGAAAGUAUGUCUCGAAAUUUAGUCCUCGUCCACGCAAAUGAAUGGCGCUAUUCUGUAACGUUUUACAUAUGAACAUACAUAGUUAUGUUUACUUAGUUGCAUCAUUUUUAUCGACCUAUUUCAACUGCUUAUUACAGGACCUGACCUCCUUGUGAAGUGGAUAUUAUUUAGUUUACGCCCCAAAAAUUAGAUCACAAUAGUAUUUUUUUCCUAUUUCUAUCAUCUUAUAUUAAAUUAUUGAUCAAAGUAUGAAACGCUACAUUGGAAAGAGGUAAUCCAAACAUAACUCAACAAAUUGUCUCAAAUCUUAUGUAAUCUUAUGUUUUCACAAAAAAUCUUAUUAUUUUUAUACAUACGCUACCGUCCGUUACCUUAAGAGCGAUUAACAACUAUUUCAAACCUAUCUAUUCUUGAACUGCUAGUACUUACAUUGUUAUUAUUCAAAAAGACCUUAACAUAAUAAAGACAUAAAUACCAAUAAUAUAAAAAAAAACUAAAUAAAAUAAUGUAAGUUGACUAACUAAAAAAUAAUAUAGAAAGACCAUAUUAUAAUUUAUUAAAAAAAAAGACAAAAAAUUAAUUAAAGGUAAAAAUAACCAAAAAUAAAUAACAAUGUAACGGAAAUAAAUAAUAGAUAGGUUUUUGAAAAUAAUACUUAAUUUUAUUAUGAGAAAUAAGAAUUCUCAAGUAUAAAUUCAAACAGUGUUUUCAAAUACUCAAUAUAAAAGACAAAUUAGAGAUAUACUCGAAAAAAAAUAAGUCAUAGAACAUAUAAUAUAGUGCUACAAAAUUGACUAACUUACCCGGUGAGGAUGUCGCUGUUGUCGCAUUUUUAGUAGAAUCCUUUUCAUGAAAGAUAUCCCGCGGCUAAAAUCUGAAUUAAAAUUGACACCGCCUUACAGAAAUUACAAAAAACCACUAUUACCAAAUGCCGAUACCAAAUGAUCGCCAUUAAGACAUUAGCGCCGCGUCUGGGGGACUUUUUUUUUAUUUAGUACCCAUAUUAGUCGCACACAAAAGUAAAAAGAAAUAAGAACAAACACAAACACACAAAAGUAAAAAACAGUGGCAAAGACACACUUAUCUGUAUAAGAGAUCUCUGGUACUUCUUUCAUGAAAAGAACUUUAAAAUGUUUUCAAAAUGGCGACCGCUGCGACGUUAGUUCCAGCUUUCACCACCGGGUCAAAUAAAUUUGUGGCACUUUAAGUAUUUCUUUAGUCAACGGAUGGCAGCGUUCAAAUUAAUUGGUUGUGUUUUUUUUUUUAAAGAAGGAGGUUCUAUGUUCGGCUGUAUGUAUAUGUAAUACUCUCUGACCAUGACUCAAGGAUAUUAAUAUGUUGAGAUUAAUGUAACUUUUGCACUGAACUACUGUCAUAUUUUUUACUAUAAAUAUAUACUCUGUUGAUCCACAUUAUAUACUUACCCUAGAUACUAUAGUAGAUCCUAUCGUAAAAAUUAUGAUUUGUUACAAUAGAUGGAAUAUAGAACGUGACCAACUUAUUGGCCGCUCUUUUUAUAAUACGACGUCACAAUUAACACGCGAAUUUUAGAUUAAUGGAUGAAUAUUAUUUAAUUUUUGUGUUAAAUAACAUCUAUUUGUAAAAAAUAUGAUAAUGUAAGAUGUAAAUUUUGCCGAAAACUGUAAAGUAUAUAAAACUCAAGUAUCACAUAUGUUCCUCCGUUAGAUACAUACUUGGGGUUGGCCAAAAAGUUGCACACGGACUAUAAUAAUACGAAUUCGUUAUUAGACGGUGCUCCUUUUAGUCAUAUAUAGUACUAUACUUUGUCUCUGUCUUGCCUAUAACGUUUCGCCGUACGUGCGACAGAGAUGACGUUGUGCAAAAUAAAAGAACAUUGUGUAUUUCUAAAUUAGUGUAUUUUCUGCAGUUUAUUUUUACUGUCCUUUGUAGUAACUCUGUUUAUUGUGCAAAUAUUGAAGUUUAGGUCAAUAAACUAGGAGGGAACGAUGUUCAGAUGACAAACAUAAUUUAUUAGGCAAAUAAGAUAGAUACGAAAUUGAAGUUUCAUCGCAGUCUGAUAAGACUAACUGCCUGUGUUGCCACACUAUAUCCUCAUUUCUUCUGAAUUGUCUAUUAUACUUUUUUUGUAAGAUUUUAAGCGUAAUAAGACAUUGUAUUAACUCUUCUUUAUUUAUUCUUUAUAUAUUCCAUGCCAGGUAUUUUGACCCCAAGCAUUUUAUGAUGUAAAAUAUUAUUUAAAUUUUGAGGAAAUUGCAAGGUUUUUAGUUAAAGUGAAUUUAGGGGUUUUACUCAAUAUGUUAUAUUGUGUGAAUGGCCAAACGCGUAAAUUCACAACUCACAACUUUUAACUUAAAUGUUGCAAACCUACGCUAAAGGCAAUGGCUGUAGAUGUAUAUUUUGCUCACACUGCGAUAAUAUUAACUUUGAAUAUUGAUAUCUGGUUGAAUUUAGGGAAUAAUAUCAAGUAUUUUUGUUGGAACUGCAGCAGCAUACAAAAUUGAUAAUAUAUAGAAUCUUUUUUGUUUGUAAACUUUUGUAUUGAUGUAAAGAGGGAUCUAUAGGCAAACCGCAAUGAAUGAAAAACGAUGUUAGGGAAGCAAGAGCAUAAGGCUUGCCAAUCAACAAAGUCAAAAUUCAUUUAAUUCAAUUAAGCUGAGUUUACAAGAACUUUAGGAACGCGAGGUAGAUUAUGUGAUAAUGGUGAUAAUUAGUCGAACACUUAAAAUUAAAGUUAAGAGAGAUCCAAACGCGCCUACAACUAACUCAACACAUCUUCUACGCAAGCGCUUCAACUCUGAUAUCAUCACUGCUUUCCAUUAGGUGUGAUUAUAGUGAAGAGACUCUUUGACGAAAAAAACAAAGGCGCCUUCUUACUGCCUUUGGCGUUAUACCCCUGUAGAAUAUACGCCGAUGAGUAGAUAAGAACUAAACCUCUUUAUUUCUUCGAUUUACUACAGAGAUUAGUUCUUUUGCUACUGCACUUUUACUGUAUUCAAAAGUAGUAAAAAAUUGACAAACUUAUGCAGAAUACUCGAAUGCACGGCCACGGCUUACUGAACAAUUCUUAUAAAUCCAUACGAAAAUCGCGAGUAAAUCAUGCAAUACCUAUACCAGUUCAACCCGUUGAGGAUAAUUUGUUUUUAAAAUUUACGAUGUGCUUUAUUUCUUUUGUUAUAUUUCACAAGUGUUCCUUAUAAGCUCCGACUGUGGACAAUAAUUAACUUUGAAAUAAAGGACAAUGCCAGACAAUGUAUAGAAGUUUGACCCACUAAAAAAAAAUAAUUUGCAACAAUAUAUUAUAUAUCAUUUUAUUGGAUUUUUUGUACUAUUAAAGAAAUAUUACCUUUUAACCCUUUAUAACUAGGGGUAUAAAAAUAAAUCCAAGUUGAAGUUUGAUUUUAAGGUUAAGUAUAUGUGCAGUUUAUUAUGAAAUAAAUAACGAUAAAGCGUCAUGAUUGGUUUUUUGUAAAUACAGAAGCACUUAGCACAUGCAAUACAUUACAAAAAAACGUGAUUUUAUUAUUUUCAAAUUACUCCGAGGUGUCUAUUACGAGUUUUGAUAGUUUGACAGUGUUAUGACAGUUUAUUUUUACAUUUUGAUCUGACUUCGCAGCUAUGGAUUCUAGCCAUUUUGAACAUAAAAUAAUUAGAAUGCACUAAAAACGCUCUAAAGGGCUCGAACCUAUGGUUGAAAUAAGGUUUUAAAAAAAUAAGUAAACAAUGUCAGCUAUGAGGAAAUAACGUAAUGGAUAUAAUUACUUUUUUUGGCAGAUUUUUAUUCCGGAGUUUAACAGUAAAAAUGGUUUAUUAAAAAACAAUUAUUUAAAAAUUUAAUAUAUUUAGUAUAUCUACAUUUUCCGCAAAGUUCCGAGUUAGGACUGGGUCAGGAUCUGGCAUUCUCCUUUUAUGUUCAGUUUAAUGUUGUAUUAUGAAACUCAACAUCUACUACUUACUGGGUGUGUGCAAUUUUAUACUAUUGAUGGGCAGGUUCUCAAUUGUAUCGAUUGCUGCAGUUUUGAACAAUUUAACAUCGUCUGUUGCCUUAUUUUUUAUCUCUGUGUAAUAUUAAGAAACUUGCGUCAUUUUAAAUGUUAUCGAUUAUAUUAUAGGAAACAAUUUUAAUAAUGAUAUUUUAGUGCAUAUCGUCUCUAGUAUUUGUAGGGCUUGAAUUGGUAUUAUAUUUUUUAUCUGCAACAAUUUCCGUGGAAUCACAAAUAUAUAUUUUUAAGCCCUUCACAACGAAUAUUAUUACGUAGCUUAAAUGCGUUUUUAUAAUAUAGCAAUAUAUUUAAUAUAAUUAUAUAAAUUUAAGUAUUAAUGUAGCGCUGAGGUAGGUCAAUAAUCUUUUAUAAUGUCCUAAAUGUACAUAGAAAUAGUACCUAUUUCCCCAGACUGUCUUCCUUUCUUAUGUUUAUUCAGAUCUCUUUCACUUCGUUAAUAACUUUUUUCUUACAUGUUUUUUUGUUUUAUUUAGGUAAUAAUUCGAACAUAUAACCAUACACUCUAAACAGGAUCUCCACAAAAAGGAGAAUGUAAGAAAAGAUGGCAAUACGGCCUCCGUGGCGCAGUGGUAUGCGCGGUGGAUAUACAAGACGGAGGUCCUGGGUUCGAUCCCCGGCUGGGCAGAUUGAGAUUUUCUUAAUUUGUCCAGGUCUGGCUGGUGGGAGGCUUCGGCCGUGGCUAGUUACCACCCUACCGGCAAAGACGUACCGCCAAGCGAUUUAGCGUUCCGGUACGAUGCCGUGUAGAAACCGAAAGGGGUGUGGAUUUUCAUCCUCCUCCUAACAAGUUAGCCCGCUUCCAUCUUGGACUGCAUCAUCACUUACCAUCAGGUGAGAUUGUAGUCAAGGGCUAACUUGUAAAGAAUAGAAAAAAAAAAUACUUAUUGAUAUGUCACUGUCACUUUAGUAUUUGUGUUUUGCUGAUGAUAUCACAUGUCUUAACUUUCUUCAGUCUCACUGCUUAUAUGAAGUGAAAGGGAUCUUAUGAUUUUAAUUGCAUUUUCUCAACCUCAGUGAUACAGGGAUUCUUAUUAAUAUUUUAAACAAAAAUCAUUAUAUUUUUAGUUUUGCGGUGGCUUGGACAUAGUCAAGCAUUUUAUUCUAUUAGCGACGAAUUAUUGUUUAUGUUGAUGAUUUAUCAUUCAAGUUAGCAAUUUUAUUUAAUUGUAAAUUCGGAAUAAUUUUAUUUAUUAAUAAAAAAUUCAAUAUCAUAUCAAUAACUAAAUAGGAGAUUAUUAAUAAUAUAAUUAUUUGUAGGUUAGGAGAAUUGGCAUGUUUAUUUUAUCACAAACGAUUUUAAGUAUUGAUAUUGAUUGAUUGAAUAUUCUUUACACACACAACUCUUGUGUCCGAAGCGUGUUGUCAUAUGCAAAGAGGUUUGAAUGUAAAUAAUUGUUUUAUAUAAAAUAUUCGUCCAAUCGAUGUUUUGCAUCGAAAAAGCAUUUAUUUUUAAGAACAGAAUCUCGAGUGCAUUGUUUUGUUCGAAGUUUGUGAGUGCCAAAUUCUGGGAUCUUAAUUUUGUAUUAUGUGACUCAUUCACCAUUCCAAUACACAGGUACGAUGAAAAACAAAGCUAAAAAUAAAAUAUUAAUGACUGA